AUGUUUUAUGCAGGAAUUGAUAAGAAUAAAAAUGAAUUCUAAAUAAAGAACCCUUAAUAAGAAUAAUAAGGAACUCCUGUUUAAUCUAAUAGAAAAUAAUCAGCUUCUGAUAAAUAAAAACCUUCUAAUGUUAAACCACCUAAAGUAUUAAAAGAUGCUGGUUCAAAGGCACUUAAUUAUCCAUAAAUUACUCAUGAUAUUUUAGAUUAAUAAACUGCCAAUCUGAUUUUGAAGGAUCUCCCUAUAGGUAAUUUUAAAUUAUAAUAUAUAAUCAAAUAGGAUAACCAUCUUAAUAAUUUGAUGCUGUAGAGGCUUUAUUAAAUCAACAUAAAAUGCAAAAUUAAAGUCCAAUUAGGAGCAGUUAAAAGGAUAGUGGAAAUUCUAAGGAUUUAAAUAGUGCAAUGGCAAGAAGAUUAGCUGAUGUUGAAAAAUUAUCACAAAAUCAAAAACUAGAAUUGAAGGAGAAAUAUUAAAUAAUUGAGUAAUUGAGAGAAAAAGUCUAGGAAUUAACAGAAAUUAAUAGAAAAUUAGGAAGUGGAGAUAAAUAAGCAUAUAUGAAUGAGAUUAAUAGUUUAAAAGAGGAAAAUUAAAAAAAAUAAAAGAAAAUAGAAGAUAUGGAGAAAUUUUUAUAGAAAUAUGGAGUAAAAUGGGUUGGUGAUAAAAUAAGUGAUGAAGAUGAUAAAAAAAUGAAAUAGAUGGCAUCUGAUAUGAAAUAAAUGAAACCUUUAUUUAAUUAUCAUUUACCUAAAGAAAUCUCAAUAGAUGUAAUAAAAAGAAGAAUUGAAGAAUUAAAUUAUAUAAUGGAAAAAGAUGGAGCUAAUUAAAUAGUAAAAAAUGCAAAUGGUAUGCAUUAAUUUUAAAAAAUGGAACCAUUACCUAUUGGAUUUUAUAAAAAUGGUAUUGCAAUGAAAGGAUACAAAUUUUUCAGUUAUGGUUCAAAUGAUGCUUAUUAAAUAUUAGCUGAUAUUUUGGAAGGUUAUUUUCCAUAUUAAUUAAAGUAAUUUAAUAAUAAUAAUAAUAGAUAAUAAUAUCCAAAUGGGACUCCUUUGAAAUUAAUUGACAAAACUGAAGAGGUUUAUGAAGCAAAGGCUGAUGAUAAAAAAUAAUGUGGUUAUGAAGAUUUGGCAGAGAAAUAAUUAAAACCAAUGAAAAAGGAAGAGUUUUUAGAAGUAUUUAUAUAUUUUAAUUAUAAGUAAUUACCUGAAUGUGUAAUUAAAAAUGGUAAAAUAAUACCAAUUAGAUCAGAUAUUGAAAAAAGACUUUCUGGUUAACCAAAUUUAAAUGCUACAUAAUAAUUGAGAUCAGCUGGAUGUAGAUAAGAUCCUAUAGAUGGAAAUUGGAUAGUAGACACUGAAGCUUAAAGAAGAAUUGAUAAUGGUGAAGAUUUAGAAGAUGUUUGUACAUUAAAAUUUAGAACAGAAACUGGAAAAUAUAGUUUAAUAGCUUUGAUGUUUGGAAAUCAAAGAAUUUGUGAUAUGUAUCAAAUAGUAUCUGGAUUGAAAGAAUAUUAAGAUAGAAAUAUCUAAAUAAUAUUGAAUUUUCCUAGAACUGUAUUUUAAAAAGAUGACUAAACAACUUUAGAAGAAGCAGGAUUGAUGCCUAGUGCAUAAUUAUUUUUCAAUUUAAUAUGA